AUGAAUGAAGAAAACUCAACAAUGGAGAUUGAUCUAAACAAUUGGUUACCAGUAACGGCUUCUCGAGAGGCCAAAUGGUGGUACUCUGCGUUUCACAAUGUUACCGCCAUGGUUGGUGCUGGUGUUCUUGGUUUGCCCUUUGCCAUUUCACAACUUGGAUGGGUACCAGGAAUAGGGGCAAUACUGGGAUCAUGGGUGAUAACGUUUUACACAUUGUGGCAACUUGUGGAGCUCCACGAGGCCGUGCCCGGAAAACGGUUUGACCGUUAUCCGGAGCUUGGGGAACACGCGUUUGGUCCGAAACUAGGUUAUUGGUUUGUAAUGCCACAGCAAAUGUUGGUCCAAGUUGGUACCGAUAUAGUCUACAAUGUCACAGGAGGACAAUCGCUUAAAAAAGCGGUCGAGCUCUUGAUCCCGAGUUUCGCCAUGAGGAAUACUCAUUACAUUUUGAUCUUCACCGGAAUCCAACUUGCCUUGUCUCAAAUCCCUAAUUUCAACUCUCUCAAAGGCGUUUCUCUUCUUGCAGCGGUCAUGUCUGUUUGCUAUUCGAUGAUAGCGUUUGUUGCUUCGACCGUUAAAGGAACGGAGCAAUACCCUUCUAGCUACGAGAUUCGAUCUCAAGAUUCGGUAGAUAUAGCGUUUGAUGCGAUGAAUGCGUUGGGAACUAUAGCGUUUGCGUUUGCAGGACAUAGUGUGGUUCUUGAAAUCCAAGCGACUAUUCCUUCGACACCUGAGGUCCCUUCCAAGAAACCGAUGUGGAAAGGAGUCGUCGUGGCUUACGCCAUCGUCCUCCUUUGCUACCUAACCGUUGCAAUCUCCGGUUUUUGGGCGUUUGGAAAUUUAGUUGAAGACAAUAUUCUUAUCUCUCUUGAAAGACCUAAUUGGCUAAUCGCAGUCGCUAAUUUCAUGGUGUUUCUUCAUGUUGUUGGGAGUUAUCAGGUAUUUGCAAUGCCUGUAUUUGAUGGAAUAGAGUCGUGUCUGGUGAAGAAUCUCAACUUCACUCCUUCCACAUGCCUUCGUAUUGUGGGACGUAGUUCUUACGUUGGUAUGUAA